GCGGGCGAGCGAGAGAGGGUUCGGAGCGCUCUCAGCCGUUUACAUUUCAUUUAUUUCCCAUAUAAAAGCGCCGCUGCUCCGUGUUUUCGUUGCGUUUUACAAAAAUGUCGGAGAAAAUAUGACAAAAAGACAUCGGACAAACCGCCGGGCAGAAAACUCACGGUUUCCAGUGAAAAACUGCUGAUACCCUAUCGGAUUUGCGCGAUACACGAUAUAUUCAUCCGAAACGGGAGCCAAAUCGCCGAAACAACCCAAAAAACGCCAAGCGGAGCGAAUACAAGUUGACUUCUGCUGCUGCCCAAACAAUGCAACAAUGUGACCGGCGGCAGCAGCAGCAGCAACUGUGCCAGGAGCAACACACGCGGAAAUCCGGCGGCAGCAACAGCAACACAUAGUCCAAACGCAAUACUACAAAAAUUAACAACUAAUACUUAUGCGGCAGCAACGACAACGGAUCAGCGGGCAGCUCAAACUUGUUAAACGAAGGAAUUUUGAAUUAAUCUUGCUUUGGCGAGGACAACAACCGCUGGAAAACCGUCUAUUCGCGACACGAACCACAAAGCACAACCGUUUCGGAAAGGGCAGCGCAAUAACCAAACCACCCACGAAAAUUAAACAAAACUAAAAUAUUCAUAAACUAAAAAAGGAAAUCCCCAAACUUGUUCAGAAAAACACUGAAAAAGAGGAGUUUUUGCACCGAGCGCAGACAGGAACCCUGGGGCAUAGUCAGCGAAUACACCAACCCACUGGGCUCCUGGCAAUUGGCGAGGAGGUGCUCCCAAGGAGUAGCUCAAGGAUCAGGCUGAGGAGAGCGACUGAGACUGAAAGGCAGGCAGCGAGGCAGCACAAGCAGGAUCAUCCGGAUCGGCGGAAUGCCCAGCACAGCGGGCAGUGCGGCGGGCGUUGGGAUGGGCGCUCUGAUCAAUAGUGCCGGCAGCAGCGCCAGCAGCGUCAUGGGCAUCGGUCUGGGCGGAGCAGCUGCACCAGGAGCCCCUGGACCAGCACCCGGUGCCGGAGCAGAGGCCUCCGCUGGCACUUUGAUAGCCCAGAGCACGGCGGGCACGAGCGCCGCCAGCAGCGGCACGAUCACCUGGGACAACAACGGAACCCUGCGGUCGAUCAAUCCCGGCGACUGGUCCAUCGAACAGUGCCUCGGAUGGCAGCAGCCACAUCACCUGUACUUUCAGCUCGGCUGGGCCUUCCUCUUCCUGGCCUUCCUGGCCCCCCACGGCCCCUACGGCUCGCUGUGGAUGCGGGCCAUGCUGCUCAUCGGUUGCCUGAUGAUGGGCAUGCACGGCUAUCUGGUGGCCUGCACGCCGGACGUGGUCCUAUGGUCGGGCAUGGGGCUGUUUGUCAACUUCGUCUAUCUGGUCGUCGUGCUGUGCCGGCUGAGGCCCGUGAGGUUCGAGCAGGAGAUCGAGGCGGUGUACCUGGCCCUCUUCCAGCCCCUGCACGUGACUCGCCACCAGUUCAAGAAGGUGCUCAACUGCAUGAAGGUGAUACGCGCCCUGAAAUACCAGGAGGUCUACGCCCAGGAGAAGGUCACCAAGGUCGACAGCCUGUCGCUGGUGCUGAGUGGCAAAUUGGUGGUGUCGCAGCAUCAGCGAGCCCUGCACAUCGUGUUUCCACAUCAGUUCCUAGACUCGCCGGAAUGGUUUGGCGUCUCGACCGAUGACUAUUUUCAGGUCUCCAUUAUGGCCAUGGAGGAGUCGCGGGUGCUGAUCUGGCAUCGCGACAAGCUCAAACUGUCAAUUAUGGCCGAGCCCUUCUUGCAGACGGUCUUCGAUCACAUUCUCGGCCGGGAUGUGGUCAAGAAGCUGAUGCAGGUGACCCAGGUGAGCGAAUCAAUAGCCAGCAAUGGCUUCCUGCCCUCGGGUGGCUAUGCAGAGGAUGCGGAGGACAAGCCCAUGUUGAUACUCAAGAAGAGUGUGGAUGUGGGCCACGGACUGACGGCCCUGAUCAACCGGCAGCUACAGGAAGAGCAUGUUCCUUUACUCGGUCGCACGUACAAACAACAACAACUACUGCAACAACAACUAGAACAACAACAGCCCGUACAAGAAGCAACAACCAGCGCCAACAACAUCGUGCAAAGUGCAAUCUGAAAUAAUGCAACCGCCCCGCUGCUGCUGCUGUCCAACUUGCCACGAACAGAAAUCAGAUCACUCCUCCGUCCCUUCACCUCCGACCUGCACAACAACAACAAGAACAACAACAACAACACCAACCACAAAAGCAAACAAUCAUCAGUCAGUCAUCAAUCACAUGCAGCAGCUACGGCAACCACAACAGCAACAUGAACAGCAACAUCACGAUCAUCAGAAGAAUCUGGAAUCUAUCCAUCUGAAUCCUCAUCUUGAAUCCAAUCAUACAUAUAUAACCAUCUCAUACCUAGCAUAGCAACUAGCACUAGCUAAACAAACAUCUAACACAUCUAAUCGUUCUAAUAGCCAACUCUGUAUCACCCCCGAAGCCCAGCAAGUAGACAGACACUUGAGUUUUUGUGUAAACCCAUCGUCUUGGGAAACAUAGGCCUUCCACGCCAGCGGAAAGUUCUGAAAAUCAGUGAUGCCAGGUCAAGGACUAUUGACAUCCCCAUCAAAUUCUAUUAACAAUUCGUUUAGACUAAACUUACGUGAGCUACUAAAAAUAUUUGACUAACUAUAAAUACUAAAUGUAGGAGGAACCCAAUAAGUUGUAGUUUGCUUUGUAAUUCAACCUGGCAACCCUGUUUAGCUAUUGUGCAUAACACACCGAAACAACUCUAUAAACCAGCAUUUUUCUGCUUAUUAAAAAGAUUUUGUAUGCCACAAAAAAUCCACAAGCGAAAAAAAGUAGGAAACAUGGCAACACUGUUUGAAAAUAUUCAUUAUCCUUAGCAAAAAACUAUCGUUAGCUGUAGUCAAACCAGUUGUAAAAAUUGUAAUUUAUUUUGACUGAUCAUGGUUGUAGUUGAGUUGUAGUCAGACAAGACACUUGAUUGCUCAUGAAUUAGUUUCGUUUUGAGUGGGCUUGGGCUUUUGAAUUGAACGCGACCAGACAGCCAACCAAGGUCUAAACUUUAAAAUAAUUGAUUGUGGUUUUGAAUUGGAAUUGGAAGUAGUAUUAUUUGAUAUGUCAUAGAAAUGAUUUUUAUAAAAGUGAUUGAAGAUGAGCUGGAAUAAGUUUGGUUUUAUUAUAUGAGGACAAUUUAGGGAUGUUUUGAUCAAAGAAAACAGCAAUAUUUUGGCAUUUAUUAUUAUUAACAGUUAUAAUUUAGUCACAAACUCGCAUAAAAAACAAAAUACGAAUAGAAAGUUAUAAUAUUUACUAGUUCUUUGACACGCUUGCGAUCUUAGCAAAUAACAUGCAAACUGGUUUGAUCAACAGUUCUUCAGUUUCAAUUACCGAUUCCAGAUCUCAAGAUCUCAAGAUCGAUCGGUCUAGCGACAGGUGAUAAAUGAACUUUUCCGCUGGCCCAAGAGUUUUCAUCGCUUUAUUUGAUUAAAUUGAUUUGGUACCGCUUGGCAUUUAAUGGAAAGUUACUGUGCUGGCACAUCCACCAAGUCUCCAUACGUUCCAUUAACACAUUAUUAUUUUUGUAUUCCCAUAUGCAAGGGUUUUUUCGUUGAUUUGUUGAUUGAUUUGCAUACAAAUUGAGCUCGAAGAAAGCGUGAAAACUAAUUAGAAUUAAUAUCGAAUAAUAUUGGAUAAUGUUAAGCACUACAUAGCCUAAGUUGUUGUACAUACGCUACAUAAUAUAAAUAUACUUGCUGUACAUAACCCCGAUGACCGUAUAUCCAAGAACCCCUCCAUCCCAGACGCCCCCAAGAAAGUGUAAUAACCGAAAAGGAAUCAUUGUGAAUGUAAACAAGCCAAAAACGAAAGCUAAUAAAAAGCACUAUAAUAUCAA